UCAUCCUCCUGACGGAAGACAUCUUAAUGAUAGGGUCUCUGCAAAUAGAUGGAGAACCUACUCCGAAUCUGAAAAUGUAUCAUCUCGAUGGAGAAGAUUACGUUGCAAAUGACAACCUGGAAACCAUAGCAUUUCUGUGUGCCCUCGCCUUCCCACUUCCGAAAGAUGGUGUGGACGUUGAAAUUCGCCUUUUCUCCGACCCUCCGCCCGCAAAGCCGAAUCAAAGUGAUGGACUUUUUACGACGUGCCACGACGACAGGCUUUUGGUCAUUGGCUACAACGCUUAUGUCAAUGACACGGAAACAGAGUAUUAUUCCACCUUUGUCCCACUGUCGUCCUUGAUGGCCAUGGUAAGGGGAAGCCUCGCAGGUACGGAUUCGGAUCGAAUCAUAAUACCACACUCUGAAUGGGCACACCAUACGGAGGUAACCACGUCGUUGUUCUCGGAUGUGUGGAUUUCCGUCGUGCACGGGAUGAGGGCUAUCACCCACGAAAUCGACGGCACGCUUAUCAGGGCCAGAAUACUCGAUUUCAAUCAGUAUGCGAUCCGAAAGGAUCUUGAGGAAGGACGAGCGACGAUGAGCAAUUACGAGAUCAUAGGCGCGGAGACGCCUGCUGUUCGGGUAAAUGAGAAGUUUCUCAAGGAUGGCGACGGAUAUAUCAACUCGAGCGUGAAGCAGCCUUAUCGUGUUGUGUCCAGGGACCUGCCCACGAGCAUCCGGGAGAAUGUCACAGAUCUGAUGCUAACCGACGACUCUGUCGUCAUGGUGCUGAGGGAGGGCGAGAUGUUUGGCAUCCUGUCGUUCUGAACAAGUGGACGGGUUAGGUUUAAAAAUGUCAAGGAGGUGAUGCGCUGGUCGUGCUGCAGGUUACGUUACUUUACUCUUACGAUGGCCUGGGGUGGCGUUAGCAGUCGGAUAUUAUAUGUAAAGGCCGGUAUUGGCUGGAGGAUAGGAAAUUGGAUUAUAUUGGGC